CACCUUCCUAAUCAGGACUAGCUCAAUUUGUGGCGGCAGCGGCUUCUUCGAGCUUUGGUUGCAGCAUUUUUGCUCUUCGCUCUCGACUUGGUCUUCACCAACUUUGCCUUUCCUUCUUCUUUGAUCCUAUUUCCUCUUUUGUUCUUCUAUUUGGCUCAGUUCUGCUCUUCUACACUGCUCACAUCUACAUACUCCCUCUCGCAUCACCACCCAUGCCCACCGCCACCCAUGGCUUCCUCUCUCGUCCUCACUACCUCCUCUCAUGUCCUCACCUUCCAUCCCUCCUCCUGCGCUGAGUCCGGGGGCACCGUAGACACCCCCUUCUACAUCCUCGAGUCCCGCACCGCCUCCUCCUCCACCCCUCCAUCUGCAAAUCCCUCCGCCCCCGUCACCGCCCCCUCCUCCUUCCCCGUCAAUGCCUCAUCCUCUUCCGUCAAUGCCUCCUCCCCCAACGCCGUCGAUCUCACCGUCCACGACACCAUCUCGAUCGACGAAGAUCUCAUGGACUCUGAUCGUCUACUCCUCAAGCUCCAGGACAAAGACAUCGGCUCGAUCCCCAAAUCUGACGCCUCUGACCUCGCCGAAUUCGUCCUCGCCUGGCGCUCCGCCCUCGCCGCCCUCGAGGAGCAGGUCCAGGUCUCGCAACAGGCUUCCUUCGAAGAUCCCCUCAGCUCAGACUACGUCACCACCCGUCUCGUCCAGGAGCACGACUCUUUCAUCGACGAAAAGACCGUCCAGAUCAGGCUCGUUACCUGGAAUCUCCACGGCGAGUCCAUCGGCGAAGAUCUUCGGCCUUUACUCUACGGCAAAUCCGUCCUCACCGACUCGGGUGAUCUGCAGGAUCUCGGCAUCUUCCUCGUCGGCUUGCAGGAAGCUGAUCCGCUCACUCCCACCGCUCUCUCCACAAACCAUGCCACUGUCUCGCGAUGGUCCCAGCAGAUCCUCGACGCCCUCGGCCCUUCCUCCUAUGUAGCCAUCGCCUCCGCCGAGCUCUUGGGCAUGGUCCUCCUCAUGUUCUGCCACCGCAAACUUGCCUCGCAAAUCACAAACAUCCAAAUCGCCACCGCCGGCACCGGCGUUCUUGGCUACUGGGGCAACAAGGGAUCAGUCUGUCUCAAGUUCACGCUCGGUGAAAAUGAGAUCGCCGGAAACCCCGGUAUUGAGUUUGCCGUCCUCAACAUGCAUCUCUCUUCCGGCAUGGCGCCGCAGUCCGUCGAGCGCCGGCGCUGGGAGAUGAGCGAGUUUGAAAAGCGACUCAAGCUUCCGAAAUUCAACGGGAAGCUUUACCGCAAGACGCGCAACGGCGGAAAGAACCGGAAAGAACUAUUAUUUCAGAACGGCGAUCUGUUACAGGAUCUUGACGAGCGCGUGCUCGAUGCUGCCGACGAAGACGACGCCGACGCACUUGCGGCUGCGACAGCUAUGCUGCAGGACGCAAAGAUCUCUGAAAGCUCGUCGUCUGAAGAUGCACCAGGCACACCCAGCACGCUCUCUGGAAAAGCAAUGUCGACGGCGUCGACGACCGCCACAACUGUCGCAACAGCUACCUCUGAAACUGCCACGACCGCGGCAACAAUAAACUCAGACCAAGUCGGUCCCGAGCGGGAAUUCAACUCGAUCGUCUUUGUUCUCGGUGAUCUUAAUUACCGCAUCGCGAUGGAUCGGAGCGACAUCGAGCAGCUGGUUAGAAAAGGUGACUACGACGCUCUCUUGUUCUGGGACCAGCUGCGCAACGAAAUCAAAGAAGAAAGCUUGCUGGUCGGAUUCCAGGAAGGCCCGAUAGAUUUCCCACCUACAUACAAAUACGACAUUGGAACCACGACGUUCGACACAAGCGAAAAGAUGCGCAUACCCGCCUACACCGACAGAAUAUUCUACACUCCCUACCCUUCGCUCGCCCAGCUCGACUAUGAGUCGUUCAUGCAUUACAUUUCUUCCGAUCACAAGCCUGUCGCGGCAACUUUUGAGCUGCGGACAAUGCUUGUCGACGUCGACAAGCGCGCACAGAUCGUCAAACGUCUGCUGCGAGACAUGGACGCGCGCGAGAACGAGUCCCGGCCAAAGGUCGAAGUCGAGUCCACAGAGAUUGUGUGUCCUGACCUCAAACCUCUUUCGGUGCUCACGCGGACAAUCAAGUUCAAGAAUCACGGAAAUACCCAGGUUGCGUGGGAAAUCGAGCAAAUGGAUGGCUCGAAGCUGGAGUUUGGUGAGAUGCGCGGGCUGGUUUCGCCCGGUGCUGGACAGUCGAUCCGGUUUUCGAUGAAGAUCCCCACUCGAGUCUCGGAGAUUUCGGAGAUUGUCGUGCUGCGGAUCGUCAAUCGGCAGGAUUACUUUGUAACCGUGUCUGGCAACGUUCUUCCGUCGUGCUAUGGAUCAUCGCUCCAGGAUAUGAUUGACCGGCCAAACGGAGCGCGGAACGGGUUCGUCGUCAGCGACUCGGGGCCACAGGUGAACAUUCCGCGAGAAAUCUGGAAAUGCGUCGACUACCUCUCGAAGCGGAUAUCAAAAGACAUAUUCCGGCGGCAAGGUGACGACGUCGUCGGCCAGUUGAUCCGGGACUGGCUCGACGACGGCGUUGAUUUUGAUACCCAGAUCCUCGACAGUUUGCAAAACGAGGGGAACAAAGGGUUUCAAUCUGUCUGCGAGCAGUUCAUGUUACUGCUGGAACUGGUUGAUGGCGGCGUGAUUGUCGAGAGCGCGUACGACAUUGUUUGUAAGGGUGAAGACGGCGUUUCGUUGAUCUUUGAGGCUAUGCCGAGGGUGAACAUCAAUACUCUUAUUUGCAUCGCGUCAUUUUUGCGAGAGGUGAAGCAGACCGUUAUAGAUUUUGGUUUAAUCUUGGAACGGUUCGAUGAAGUGCUUGUGCGGAUACCUCCGAAAGGCAAGAACAAAUCAAAGCAGAAGAAGAAACGGAUGGAGUUUUUUAAGGCAUUUAUCGGUUAAUGUGAUGUUUAAAAAAGGUGUAUAUUUAGCUGUACUGGCGCAAUAAUAGAUUAUAAUUUUUACA